AUUCCCUCAGCAACAUCUUCGUCACUGUGCGUCUCCGCUCUCUUCAUCCCAUAGCAACCUAAAGAUUUUCACUUCUGAUUCAUGAUAUUAUUCAAGAAUCUAAGAAAAUCAACAAGUUGCUGAGAAAUUUUCAAUCGAAAUUGAAUACCUAAGAGGGAUCCUGAGCGAAAGCAAGCAUGUACCCGAAACGCCAGAAAGAAAAAGGAGGCCCAUCAAGAAAUCAAGCGGACCCAAUGGACCAAGAGUUCAACUUGAAGAAGAUCAUGAAGGAGAUUGAGUCUUUCAGCUCCUCUCAUGCGACGUGGAAAGACAGGAAGGAGUUAGAGAACGUGAAGGUGGUCUCUCUGGGCGGGAAGUCUGUGAAGAAGCAAAGACUACCUUUAAGCGUAGCACGACCAAUGAUGAAAAACCAAAAGAAAAGGGAGCAGAAGUUACUGGAAGAGACUGUGGCACUUGGACACUUUGGUGUAAAGCUUGGUAAUGGUUCUAAAAGAUCGGUAGAUAAGCGAAAGCCUGAUAAUAGUGUGCUGAAGUCCAGUGAAGGCUAUUUUAGAAAUGGUGUCCUUGACGUGAAGCAUUUGUUAAGGCCGGCUCCAUCUAGAGACACUAAUUCAGCUAGACCAAUGUCUAAUUCAGCUAUACCGAUGUUUAAUGAAGGGAAAAAGAAAAAGGGGAGUGGAAAGAAAAAGCAUGGUAAGAAAAAAGGUGGUGGUAGGAAGCGUCACUGAACCACACAGUUAAAAGAGUGAAUUCGCGGAAGACGGGCAGUGCAGUUCUUUUUUCUCUCUUCUUUUCUGGUUUCUGAAAAAAAAAAGCUUUUUUUCCCUGGAAUCAAGUAUGGUGGUAGGAUCCUUGUUACAGUUUUGUUCAAAGUGAGUGACAUUUGUAUUGAUUGUUGGUA